ACUGAUAUGCCGAAUCUGACCAUCCACUUUCAUCGUUCUGGAUCGAGGUUCACCGUUUUGAAUCGAAGUCCACCGUUCUAACCAUCAAACCAGCCGAUCGAUGUCUCAUGUCAGGUGCGGCUGAUGCGGUGAUCCAUCAAUGGGAGUGAGUGCCUUCAGAGCUCUUCAACUUGUGUCGCAUCGUAGCACCAUUAUCCUUCUUCAAUCCUCCUCUGAUUCGAAGUUCUCCUCUCGUUCGAAUUUGAGCUUGCAGGUAUCCACUGACACAGAUAGGAACCCUUGGAGGCAGUCUUACUCUUUGCAACACUGCUGAUAACUUUCUCCAAAAAUUGUCGAUUGAAGGGCCCAGUAUGUUCUUGUGGAGAUAAGGUUUCCUGGCAGAGUUCAGGCGCUUUUCCGUUGUAACUCUCUCAUGGUGGAGCUCAAUUGACUCUGCAACUAAUGAAAAUGGCGUCAGCACUGUUCAGCAAGGCUGGAAGGUGUCUAGCUGUGCUGGUCCUUGUGUUGUGCUCUCCGAUAGCAGUGGCGCAGAGUACUUGUAGCGAGAACACCUGCCGGUUGACGAGAGACAAUACUUCUUCCGACCCCAAGCAGUUUAUCUUCGUGCACGGAAUGGGAGGAGGAGCCUGGUUCUGGUAUGAAAUGAUUACCCUGCUGGAGCAUUAUGGACACAAGGCCAUUGCAGUAGACCUUACUUCUCACGGUAUCAACAAAGCUGUUGCUGAAAAUGUCAUUACCGUUGCUCAGUACACCAAGCCUUUGAUCGAUGCCCUUACCGACGUCUCCGGAGAAGUCAUCCUGGUGGGCCACAGUCUGGGAGGGGGCUCGAUCGCAUACGCAUCAGAGUUGUUCCCUAACAAAGUCAUCAAAGCUAUCUACCUGUCUGCGGUCACGCCGUCUUACAAUCAAAGCAUGUUCAGUGCUUUUCCGGCCAAUACGUUCCCCAACCUGAUCAAUGCUGGUUACGUGACUUUGAACUUCAAAAAUGGGCCCAACUCCAACCCAACUUCUGCCAGUCUGAACAGAAACGCUCUGCAAGAAUUUUACAUGAGUGAGACGCCCAAACGGUAUGUCAACUUGGGGAAAGUUUUAGUGACUGAUACACCGUACGCCCCUGGGACUGAAACGCUACCCUUGACUCCUGCCAAAUUCGGCACUGUACGAAGGUUUUACAUCCGGACGGGCAAGGACGAGGGAGUUCUCCCUGCUCAUCAAGACGAGAUGAUUGCCAACAACCCGCCGGAGAAAGUGUUCUGUAUGCCAAAUGGGGACCACGCAGUUUUCUUCUCUGCGCCUAUGGAGCUCUUCCGGAUUUUGACAUGCAUUGCUGGUUUGUAGGUUGGUGAUUGUGUAAAUUCUUCACUGAAUUAUGAGCAGUAGGUCUUCGCUGUAGAACAUGAUAGAGCUUUACGAGCAGAAAGUGGUGUAUUCUAUCACACAGUUGCGUUCGGACCUACGGUGAUAGCUCUUCUAGCCAGCCUCUUGCACCAACAUACUUGGUUCUGAAGCUGAAAGCCUCAUGACUUGGUUGGCAGAUCUAGAAUAGUAACGGUGAAUCCGAAACGGUCUGCACGUAGUCCAGUUUGGUGAUUAUUCGCCAUUAUCAUGAUUCACAGGUUUACCAUCACCUUCCAAUUUUUUUGCUACCUGUGCCAUUCACAGUAAGAGAGCU